CUAUGACACUUGUUCAUCAUUAUUCCACAUUACAAUUCAGUUAACUUCUCUAUCUAUUUGAUUGCAAUUUCCAUACACAUACACACAAAAAAUAAUCCAAGGGCGUUGAGUUUAUCAGAAUGCCUUAUUGUGGGUUCAAUUUUCUCCUUUAUGUGGUGACAAUUCUAUGCAUGAAUUUGUUAUGUGCUGAAAGUUUUCAUAUGAACAAGUGUGUGGAAACAGACUUGCAAGCUCUCCUUAAGUUCAAAAAUGCUCUCAUUCUUGGAAGGAACGACCUUACCUCAUGGAAAGGUGAAGAAUGUUGCAAAUGGGAAGGAAUUUCAUGUGAUAAUUUCACUCAUCAUGUGAUCGGUUUGAAUCUGGGGCCUAUAAAUUAUACUAAAGCAUUGCGAGGUAAGUUAGAUUCUUCAAUAUGUGAACUUCAACAUCUAAUUUUUCUAGAACUUAGUUAUCAUUACCUAGAAGGAAAGAUCCCACACUGCAUGGGCUCACUUGGUCAGCUGAAAGAGUUGAAACUUAGUGGUAACAAAUUUGUUAGUGUCAUUCCUUCUAGUCUAAGGAACCUUUCCAGUUUGCAAACUCUUGAUAUUUCCUAUAAUUAUUUUAUGUUUUCAAAUGACCUUGAAUGGCUUUCUCAUCUCUCUAAUUUGAGAUACCUUGAUCUAUCAUAUGUCAAUCUCACUCUAGCUGUUGAUUGGUUGUCAUCAAUAAGCAAAAUUCAUUCUUUGUCUGAACUUCAUUUAUAUGGUUGUGGGCUCCAUCAAGUCACUCCUAAAUCUAUUCCCCACUUAAAUACUUCAAUUUUUCUAAAAUCCCUCAAUCUUGGGGGAAAUAGUUUAAACUCUUCCAUUCUUCCAUGGGUGAUUAAUGUUGGUAAAGUCCUCACAAAUCUUGAUCUUUCAUUCAACUCUUUGCAACAAAUUAUUCCAUAUGAUUUUGCAAGCAUGGCUUUUCUUCAAUAUCUUGAUCUCUCAGAUAAUGAACUCCAUGGUAACAUACCAAAAUCCUUUAGGAGUAUGUGUCAACUGAAAGAGUUACGAAUGCACUCCAACAAACUGUCUGGCAAACUCAAUGACAACAUACAACAAUUGUGUUCUGCAAAAAAUGGUUUAGGGCGUUUAGAUCUAAGUGAUAACCCAUUCGAACGUGGGUCACUUCCAGAUGUUUCAUAUUUUUCAUCAUUGGACACAUUAUCUCUUCGAAAUACCAAUGUCGUUGGCAUAUUACCUAAAUCAUAUGUUCACUUGUCUUUUCUCACAAAUUUAGAUCUUUCUCAUAAUCAUUUGAAUGGAGUGGAUAUCUUUGAUGGUGAAUUUCUAUCGACCAUGACGACUCUAGACCUCAGUUUUAACCAACUGAGUGGAUCAAUGCCUCUAUUAGAGAUAACCAAACUUGCUUCAUUAGAACUACUUGAUCUAUCUCAUAACCAGUUGAGCGGACCAUUUCCACAUACAAUGGGUGAACUUUCUAGUCUAAGUGAGUUGCUUCUCACUUCAAAUAAGUUGAACGAUGUCAUUAAUGAAGUGCAUUUGUCAAACUUAUCUGAGUUGACAAUUUUGGAUGUAAAUCAAAAUUCACUUUCAUUCAAAUUGAGUUCAGAUUGGGUUGCACCUUUCAAACUAGAAACACUAUAUGCAUCUUCAUGCACAUUAGGUCCUAAAUUUCCAUCAUGGCUCAAACAUCAAGGGGAACUUAUGAUUCUCGACAUCUCUAAUUGUGGUAUUUCGGAUUCAUUUCCUAAAUGGUUUUGGAAUCUCUCUUCGAGUUUACAAUACUUGAAUGUUUCACAUAACCAACUUAAUGGACCUUUGCCAAAGUCAUUUACAAGUAUGAAAGUAAAAUUUGAGAAUGUGUGGGAUUUUAGUUUCAACAAUUUGAAUGGUUCACUGCCUCCUUUUCCAGAGUUGUACGCUCUAUUUCUCUCAAGUAAUAUGUUUACAGAGUCUUUAUCUUCUUUUUGUACAUCCUUGUCUAUGGUUUUAACUUAUUUGGAUUUGUCUAGUAACUUGCUAGAGGGUCAACUUUCAAAUUGUUGGAAGAAAUUUGAAAUGUUACAAGUUUUGAAUUUGGCAAAAAAUAAAUUAUCAGGAAAAAUACCUAGCUCAAUUGGCUCUUUACGACAUAUUGAGUCGAUUCACUUAAAUAACAAUAACUUUUCGGGCGAAAUUCCACCUUUAACCCUUUGCAGCAGCUUAGCCCUAAUUGAUCUCGGGGAUAACAAUCUCCAAGGAAUAUUACCAAUGUGGAUAGGCUCUCAUCUUCAUCAGCUGAUUGUUUUACGUCUACGAGCAAAUAAGUUCCAAGGUAAUAUUCCUACAAGUAUGUGUAACCUAUCAUUUCUUCAAGUAUUGGAUCUCUCUGAAAACAAUAUUAUAGGGGAAAUACCAUAAUGCUUAGGUGACAUAAUUGCUUUAUCUAAUUUGAACUCUCCAAGAAAAAGUUUCCACUAUAUCUCAUACACAAUUGGAUUUCGAAACAAUGAAGUGUAUGAGGUUGGCUCCUUCAAUGACAAAGAAAUAUUGGCAUUAAAAGGAUCAAACAGAGAAUAUGGAAAAAAUCUUGGAUUGAUGGCAACUAUUGAUCUUUCAAGCAACCACUUAACCGGAGUAAUACCUCAAAGUAUAACAAAACUUGUGGUAUUAGUUGAUUUGAACCUUUCAGGAAAUCAUCUCACAGGAUUAAUUCCCAAAAACAUUGGUCAUAUGGAAAUGUUGGAAUCACUCGACUUGUCAAGAAACCAUCUUUCGGGUAAAAUGCCAACAAGCUUUUCAAAUUUGACAUUUCUUAGUUACAUGAACUUGUCUUUCAAUAACUUAGAAGGCAAAAUUCCACUAAGCACUCAACUACAAUCUUUUGAUCCUUCUACAUACGUGGGGAAUAGUGGACUUUGUGGCUCACCACUCAUGAAUCUUUGCCCAGGAGAUGUGGUUUCUUCCACUACAAGUCAUGACAAAUAUAUUCCUAACGAAGAUGAAGAUAAACUCAUAACCUUUGGGUUUUAUGUUACCUUGGUACUUGGUUUCAUAAUUGGAUUUUGGGGAGUUUGUGGAACUCUUGUGAUUAAAACAUCAUGGAGACAUGUCUAUUUCCAAUUUUUCAAGAACAUGAAUGAUUGGAUUCAUGUUACACUAGCAGUUUUUAUAAACAAGUUCAAAAAUAAUUUCCAAGUCCAAGACUAACAGGUAAAUCUUCUUCAUAUGAGAGAGUGAUAUGUCGCAGUGUCUCCUCAAUAAAUGUUCUAUUUGGAACAUGCAUGUUGCAUCCAAGAGUAUUCUUUAUGUUCUGUUUUACUACAUUUAUCUCUUAUGAGUUAUGAUCAUCUUAUGUUUUUACUGAACUACUUUAUCAGAUAUUUUCUGUAUAAAUCCUUAUGUGCCGUGGAAAAAUGUUAUGUCUAUGCAUA